UCCGGUUCCGGUUUACAAAAUUCCGCGAAAAUAUAAAAACAGCUGAUGCAGCUUUAUUUGUUAAAAAAGGAAAUUUGGCAAUAAUAGUCAUAUUGUCAUCAAAGUGACUUUAUUUCUGUGUUGUUUCUUCCCCAAAGAGUUAUCCUGUCGGAUAGGAAAUCUAACCUAGCAUGUCAGCUCGAAAUUAUUUUAAAUUCAAUAAAAACUUAAAAAAGAAUAGUAAUUGUUCAUCAAAAGAAAUCCAGCCAAAAAAUAACAAAAUUGAUUCUCAAGCUACAAUUUCAAAAUUCUUUUCAUCAAACACAAAAAGAAAAUUAUCGGCAGUGACAGAGACAGAUGGUGUUGUAGUGAUUGAGGACAGUCCAACUGGAGAAGGAGAAAAGUCAUGGAAAAGACAGAAACAUACGGAUUCAUCUGAGAAUGCUGACAUCUCCUCCAACAUCAGUCCAUUAGUUACAAGAAUUAAACGAAAAUUGCAGAACUUUUCAGCUAUUGAACUAGACAACAUACAAAAAGAAGAUGUUGGUAGUUUUGAUUUUGAAUCCUUGAAAAGUAAACAUAACAAUAAAUUAUUUGAAAGUAAAAAUGCUGAUGUCACAGCAGUUUCUACAGGUGUUGAGUUUGAUGAGGCUGAUGGAGAACUUGAUUGUCAAUUAAACAAACUAAGUAAAUUUAAAACAGGAAGCAAAGAUUGUAAAAGUGACAAUAGUAAAAAACGUGGAAAAUUGAAGUCUUCAGGGGGUUUAUCUGUGAAAUAUACACCAUUAGAACAACAGUAUUUAGAGUUUCGGGAGAAAUAUCAAGAUGCUGUCUUAUUUAUUGAAUGUGGAUAUAAAUAUAGAUUCUUCGGAAAAGAUGCAGAGAUAGCUUCGAAGGUUUUGAAGAUAUAUGCUCAUCUUGACCAUAACUUUAUGACAGCAAGUAUACCUGUACACAGGUUGUUUGUACAUGUUAGCAGAAUUGUCUCCGCUGGGUAUAAGGUUGGUGUGGUACAACAAACAGAGACUGCAGCGUUGAAGGCAGCUGGCAAUAACAAGAAUACUCCAUUCACACGGCAACUGACAGCCCUGUAUACAAAAUCCACUAUGAUAUCUGAAGAUAUGAAUGAAACCUCUGAAGGUGAUGUAGGUCAGGCUGUUUCUAUGGCAACAAACUAUCUCAUGUGUAUAUGUGAGCAUGAGGUACCAAAAGGAGAACAGAAAACACCAAUUGGAAUCAUGGCAAUUCAGCCAUCCACAGGUGAUGUAAUCUAUGACAGUUUUGAUGACACAACGUCUCGUGCUGAACUAGAAACAAGAUUGGCCCAUAUUCAACCUGCUGAAUGUAUUCUUCCUUCAAAUGUUUCCAUGGAAACCGAGAAAUUAUUGAACGGUUUUCAAACUUUAUGUUUCCAUGGCGAUGACAAACUGAGGUUAGAGAAGAUAGAUGCUGAUCUGUUCAAGUUUAAUUCUGCAUUUACAAAAGUGUCACAGUUUUAUACAGACAGUUACUCAGAUGAUUCCAGCCAGUUACAGACAGUGAUUAAUCUACCUCCAUGUGUUAUUUCUUGUUUGGCUGCCCUAAUUGUUUAUAUGGAAGAUUUUAAACUUGACAAAAUACUCAGGGAAGUGAGCAAUUUCACACAGUUUUCUACAAAGUCUACCUAUAUGCAUAUUGACAGUCAUACUGUAAGGAAUCUAGAGUUAUUUCAAAAUAUUACCAAUCAUGGAGAGCAUGGUUCCCUGUUCUGGGUAAUAAAUCAAACAGUUACACCAUCUGGUUCCAGGCUGCUAAAGUCCUGGCUCUCCAGACCUUUAAUGUCAUACAGUGACAUACAGAAACGACAGGAAGCUGUGUCUGACAUCAUUGACGGACAUUUUCCAGAUAUUCAGAAACUCAAAGCCUUAUUGUCAAGGUUACCAGAUUUAGAGAGACGCCUAGCAUCUACAUAUCAUAAAAAGUGUAGUCCAUCAGAAUUUUAUAGCCUGUGUGAAGCUUUAGUGAUCCUCCAUGACAGGUUUAUACAUCACAAAGAGACCACUUUCUGUCACAUGUCCUCCAAGUUGCUCCUUGAAAUCAUAGAAGAAACCCCAAACUUGUUAUCUGAUGUGAAAGAAAUAGUAGAUAUGAUAGAUGGAAAAGCAGCAAGGGAAAAUGAUAAAACUAAACUAUUUGCUGACAACUCCUCGUUCCCUGAUGUUUUUGAGUGUAAGGAAAAGAUAACUGAGGUCACCAAGGAGAUUGGGGAACACCGCCGGCAAGUUCGUCUCACUUUACGUCAACCAGCACUGGAAUAUUGUACAGUUCUUGGAACAGAGUUCCUUGUUGAAGUUAAGAACAGUAAUAUAUCAUUAGUACCAAAAGACUGGACAAAGAUAAGUAGUACAAAGACUGUGAGCAGAUUUCACACACCAUAUAUAGUGGAGAAAUACAAACUACUACAGCAAUAUAGAGAAAAACUUGUGUUAGCAUCAAACAGUGCUUGGAUACAGUUCUUAGACACAUUCUCAGAGAGAUAUCAACAAUAUAGAAAAGCCAUACUUCUUGUUUCUACAUUAGAUGUGUUGUUGUCAUUGGCAACUGUUGCACAGCAACAUGGAUAUGUCAGGCCAGAAAUAGUUUCUGAUGAAAUUUGUGUUGAGAUUGAAGGUGGAAGACAUCCCGUCAUAGAGGAGUUGCUCGGGGAAAACAAACAAUACGUAGCUAAUGAUACUAGACUAACCACCAGUGGUAAACAUGUGAUGAUUAUAACUGGGCCAAACAUGGGUGGUAAGAGUUGUUACAUCAGACAAGUGGCACUUAUUUCUUUACUUGCUCAGAUUGGUUCAUAUGUACCUGUCCAGUCAGCAAAACUUGGUAUACUUGAUUCUGUCUUUACCAGAAUGGGAGCAGCAGAUGACCUGUAUCAUGGUCGCAGUACUUUCAUGGUUGAGUUACAGGAGGCAUCUGAUAUCAUGGCUAAGGCCACAUCAAGGUCAUUAGUGAUUCUAGAUGAGCUAGGUAGAGGUACCAGCACACAUGAUGGUGUGGCUAUAGCACACUCUGUUCUACACUUCUUUAUCAAUCAGCCUAAAUGUUUGACCCUGUUUGUGACACAUUACCCAUCAUUAUCUGAGUUUGAGACUCUGUACCCAGACAAAGUAGGCAACUUCCACAUGUCCUUCCUUCUGAAUGAUGAGGAAUCAGUGUCUGAGGAUGGGGAGGAGAUAACAUUUCUGCAUGAUUUGAAGGAAGGUAUUGCUGCCCGGAGUUAUGGUCUUAAUGUUGCCAGAUUAGCCAACAUACCAGAUAAUAUUGUAAAAAUUGCUGCAGUGAAGUCACAUGAUAUGGAGAAAAGUGAACAUGCUCAUAGGAUAAGAAGGGAAAUUUUCCAGCGUUUGUUCACUGACAGCUGUCAAGAUUUAUACAAGAAGUUGAUUGAAGAAUUACAAGAUCAGAACAUUUCUUAAGUUACAAUUUUGAUAUGGAAUGAUUUUUAGCUCGACUUUUCUAUGAAAAGGGGAGCUAUCCUACUCGCCCCGGCGUCGGCGUUGGCGUCACACCUUGGUUAAGUUUUUCGUACCACCCCACUUUAUUUCAGAAGUAUUACAAGUAUGGCUUUGAAACUUACCAUACUUGUUCACCAUCAUAACCUCCAUCUACAGACAAGAGUACAUAACUCUGUCAAGGUUUUUGACAGAAUUAUGGCCCUUUUUUGACUUAGAAAGUGUAUUGAGCUUGGUUAAGUUUUUUGUACCACCUCACUUUAUUUCAAAACCAUUGGAGGUAUUGCUUUGAAACUGACCAUACUUGUUUACCAUCACGACCUUCAUCAACAGACAAGAGGACAUAACU